UCUCUCUCUCUCUCUCUCAAAGAGGUACGAACUGAUCUCUAGACUAUUACUAGCAUUUCAGUUUACAAUGGAGGAAUAGGGUUUUCGGGGGGCCUUGAAGCGAAAUUUUUUCGUUUCGGUUUACAUCUUCUGGGGGUUCUUGCUGGAGAAUUGUUUUUUUAUUCUGGGACUCGAAGCAGAAUUCCUUCAAUUCAUCUUCAGUUAAGAGUAAAAGCUCCAUCUUUGCCUCUGUUAGGGGAAUAUCUUGACCUCGGUCAAAAAACUCAACAGCUGUUUGGUCGGAAAUUUGCAAGGAAAAUUUUGGGACCAUGAUCGGACCGAACUUCAUGGACGAGAUAGACUGCGGCAGCUUCUUCGAUCACAUCGAGGACCUGUUGGACUUCCCAGGCGAGGACGUGGACGUGGAGGCCGGGCUCGGCAGCACGGACUGUAACUCCUUCCCCAGCGUUUGGCCGACACAGGCCGAGUCGUUGCCCAGUUCCGAGUCGGUCUUCUCCGCCAACAGUGCGUCGGACCUCUCCGCCGAGCUCUCCGUUCCGUACGAAGACAUUGUUCAGCUUGAAUGGCUUUCAAACUUUGUCGAGGAUUCCUUUGCUGGUGGAAGCCUUACCAUGAAGAAAGAAGACUCCUCCAUCAAGAAGGAAUCAUCCCACCACCCGUUCCAGACUUCAAGCCCUGUUUCUGUCCUUGACAGCAGCAGCUCCUGUUCUGUUGAGAAGAAUGUGCCGCGCAGCCCAGAAACAAUCACCCCUGGCCGCUGUGGGCGGGCUCGCAGCAAGCGUCCUCGCCCUGCAACCUUCAAUCCACGCCCUGCAAUCCAACUUAUUUCCCCAUCCUCCUCUGUUACGGAGACACCUCAGCCAUUCCUUGCACCAAAUAAAGUCUCUUCCGAUUCUGAGAGUUUUGCAGAGUCUAGUCUGUCGAUCAAGAUACCAAAACUAGUCACAGCAGAGCACAAGAAGAAAAAGAAGAUGAAAUUGACAGGUCCACAAGGACCUGCAGAAACGACCAAUCAGAAUUCAUCUUUGCAAGCUGUCAGGAAAUGUAUGCAUUGUGAGAUAACCAAGACUCCACAAUGGAGGGCAGGACCAAUGGGGCCGAAAACACUAUGCAAUGCAUGUGGUGUUCGCUACAAGUCAGGUCGGCUCUACCCUGAAUACCGGCCUGCAGCAAGCCCGACAUUUAUUCCAUCCGUGCACUCCAAUUCCCAUAAGAAGGUGCUGGAAAUGAGAAAUAAGUUUGGGGAGAAGGCUACUAUAACGGCAACACGACCCAAUGUGACUGCAUUGCCAGAACUUAUUCCGAAUACAAAUAGCAACCUUGGACUUGAUUACAUGUAGUAGGGAGGAUGAAUGAGAGAACUUGUUCCCUGUAGGAACCUUUUUUCUUCACUUCCUCCCUCUUUCCUCUCUUACGCUGUUUCUCAGUUGUUUCAUUUAUUUUGUUCACUGCUUUAUGUACAGGGAUGGAAGGGGAGGGGCUGAUAGGAGCAAUAGACGACCAUAUUGUAGCAUUUAGAGGAGGAUUGUCACGAGAUAACUGAAAAGGGGUAGAGAUAAGUGGAAGUUCUUAAGGGUAGAAUGUAGGUUCAGUGAUGGUUAAUUAGUAGUUCCUUGGGUUAAGUAGCCAUGGGAGUGAGUGGGUGUGUGUGUGUGUUUGUCUCUCUCUCUCUCUUUUUAGCAUUCUUUUCCUUUUUCUUCCUUUCCAUGGGAAUUCUUUUUGCAGUUCAUUUGUAGUAGAAAAUUCUGAGAUAAGUAAUGGAAUUUGAGAUUUGUUAUGCUUCA